GGAAAAGAUUGGACGUGUGCCUUCGUCCAGCCGCGCAUAUCCCGUCGCCUUCGCCUUCGCCGGCCCGGCCCGAAUCCGCCCCGCCAUUACUGCAACCCAACCAUGUGAUGGUGCGGAGGAGGCGCCAUUAAUCCACCACCACGCCCUCUCUUCUCAGGGACCAUGCGCGCGAAUACGCUCAGAGCAGCAAUGGCGACGGCGAGGAUGGCGAUGUCGCUGCCGUCGCCGGCAAGAGCGCUCUCGUCCGCGGCCGCCGCCCCUCCCGCCUCCGGCGUGUCCAUGGUGCAGGGCGCGUCGCGCGGCAUCGGCCUCGAGUUUGUGAGGCAGCUGCUGCGGAGGAGCGACCAGGGCCGCGUCGUCGCGACGUGCCGCGCCCCCGACUCCGCCGCCGAGCUCCAGGAGCUUAGGCGGGAGCACGCGGGGCGCCUCACCGUGCUGCCGCUGGACGUCACCGACGAGAGCACCAUAGAGGCCGCCGCGGCCGCAGUUGGGGAGACCCACGGAUCCCUCGACCUGCUGAUCAAUGCCGCCGGCAUCCUUUCGAUCCCAAAUGUUAUACAGCCAGAGACCUCGUUGAGCAAAGUUCAGAAGUCAUCCCUGCUACUGGCAUACGAAGUCAAUGCUGUCGGUCCUAUUCUGGUCAUCAAGCACAUGCGCCCGUUCCUGAAGAUCGGUGCGAGCUUGGAAACAGGGAAAGGUUUCUCGUUGGUUGCGAAUAUGAGCGCUAGGGUUGGCUCGAUAGGGGACAAUGCUCUGGGAGGCUGGCAUUCGUACAGAGCUUCUAAAACAGCACUGAAUCAAUUGACAAAGACUGCAUCAGUCGAGUUGGGCAAGAAGGACAACAUCGCCUGCAUUUUGCUGCAUCCAGGAACAGUCGACACCGAUCUCUCACGGCCGUUCCAGAGAAAUGUGGCCAAGGAUAAGCUCUUCACGAGGGAGUUCUCUGUACAGAAGCUCCUGUCCAUCAUCGACAAUGCCAAGAAGACUGACAACGGGAAGUUCUUCGCUUGGGAUGGCCAAGAAAUUCCUUGGUGACCACUGACCACUGUUUUCCAGUCAGUGAUCAUUUCUACCCUAAUUUUCUUCUUCAGAACCACCUGUGUUUAUUUUUAGCCUUAAACUCAAUGCCUGAACCCACCUCUAGUAAGAUCUCUGAUAUGAAAAGCAUGUGAAGUAUAUUUCCCUUUUCUCCCAAACUACUUGAAAAUUAUGCAUACAUGAUGUUUAGCGCUGAGUACAACUUUACAAGUUAAACUUGUUUCCUUGUA